AUGAUGGCGUCUUCCUCCUCUUCCUUCUUUGGCAUCGAGCCACUCGACGGCGGCGAGAGCGAGACCUGCCGCCACGCCAUGGACGCCUGCUCCCUCUGCGGGAAGCGCCUCGCCGGGGACUGCGACAUCUUCAUGUACAGGUUCGUGCCGGCCUUGGACCUGUAUGCUUCCUUCAUUCCUCCAGCUUCUCCCAUGCAUGCAAUGCGGAGCGGUGUUCUGACCGUCCCCGUUGCGAACAACAGAGGGGACACGCCGUUCUGUAGCGAGGAGUGCAGGUACCACCAGAUGGUCAGGGACGAUUUCGGUGCUGGAGGAGAGAACAUGCGCUUGAAGAAGGAGCGUCCGGCACCGGCGACGAGCAAAGAGGAGCAACGCCAACGCCGCAGGCACGAGCCUCCUGCCGCCGCCGAGCCGGCCCGUGUCCCAUUCGCAGCAAACGUGCCCGUUGCGAUCUAG